AUGUUAAAAAAGUUAAGUAAUACCUUCUGCAAGGGCUUAUCCCUUAAGAACAGUUAGUCAUUUAGAACUACCAAGAUCAUGGAUAGCGAAAUUAGUAAAUUUAAUGACUCUUUUUUGGCUGGAUGCAAUGCUGAAUUCGUUGAAGGUCUAUUCGAAAGAUGGGCUGAAGAUCCUACUUCAGUUGGACCCUCAUGGAAUAAUUAUUUCAAAAAUUUAGUUCGUGGUGUUGAACCUGAAUACGCUUUUUCCCUCCCACCUUCAGAUCUUACCAAGGCUAUUCACAUGGCCCCUGAUCACGCUAUGAAGUUCAUUGUUUCUGAUAACCUCAAAGCACGUUUAUUGGUUGAUGCUUAUCGUAUUCGUGGUCACGAAAUCGCUGAUCUCGAUCCUUUAUAAAUGAACGAAGAACUUUUAAAGGCCGGUAAACCAAAGGGAACUUCUUCUCCUAAGUUAAGUCACCUCGAUUUUGGAUUCACUGAUGCUGAUUUAGAUAAGGAAGUAUUCAUUAAUGAUGGUAGAGUUGAUGGUAUCACCAACAACCCUUCUAAAUCAACUUGGAAAUUAAGAGAUUUAAUUGACCACUUGAAAUAAAUUUACUGCAACAAGGUAGGUUAUCAAUACAUGCAUAUCAACAACAAAACUGAAAGAGAUUGGAUUAGAUAAAGAAUUGAGAAUGCCGAAUAAUUCAAGCCAACUAAAGAGCAACUGGUUAGAACUGCUGAUAGAUUGUGCAGAGACUACUGCUUUACUGAAUUCCUUAACAAUAAAUUCAGUACUUCAAAGCGUUUUGGUUCUGAAGGUUGUGAUUCAUUCAUUUCAGGUUUGGGUGCUCUUGUUGAUCACGCAGCUGACAAGAAAAUUGAAAAUAUCGUUAUUGGUAUGCCUCACAGAGGUCGUCUUAACACUUUGUAUAGUGUUUUGAAGAAACCUGCCGUUAAUAUUCUUGCUGAAUUCUAAGACAUUAAUGUUGCUAAGUUUGACGAAGAAAACUGGGGUAACUCUGGUGAUGUCAAGUAUCAUCUUGGUACAACUAAAGAUAAAGCUUAUGGUGAUCACACUGUUAGAUUAUCAAUUAUGGCAAAUCCUUCCCAUUUAGAAGCUGUUAAUCCUGUUGUUUACGGUAAAUUAAGAUGUGUCCAAGAUGCCACAUAAGAUACUAAUGGUGACAAAUCUUUUGGUAUUCUUAUUCAUGGUGAUGCUGCCUUCUCUGGACAAGGUAUUGUAUACGAAUCCAUCUAAAUGCAUGAUUUGAAGGACUAUAACAAUGGUGGUAUUAUCCAUAUCGUUGUUAAUAACUAGAUUGGUUUUACCACUUAUCCUGGUGAUUCUAGAACAACUCUUUAUUGCACUGCCGUAGCUGAAACUGUUCAAGCCCCUAUUUUCCACGUUAAUGCUGAUGAGCCUGAAUUAGUUGAUGCCGUUAUGAGAUUAGCUCUUGAUUACAGAUAGACUUUCCAUAAGGACGUCGUCAUUGAUAUUAUUGGCUACAGAAAGUUUGGUCACAAUGAAUUAGAUCAACCUGCCUAUACCCAACCUUAAAUGCAAAAAAUCAUUCAAAGUAUGAAGCCUGUAUAUUUGAAGUAUAUGGAUAAGCUUUACAAGGAAAAUGUUUUAACACCUGAAAUUGAAAAAGAAAGAAGAUCUUAUUAUGAAAAGUCUCUUGAAGAAGCUUAUCAUAACUCAAGAUAAGAAAAGACUUAACACACAUAAUGGGUCACCAAGCCAUGGGAAGAACUUAAAUUACCCACUAUGUUCGGUAAGGUUAAGGAUACUGGUGUUGAUGUUAGUGUCUUAAAGGAAAUUUCUGCUAAGGUUAACUAACUCCCAUCUGAUAUUAAUGUCCAUAAGCAAAUACAAAAGGUUUAUGCUGCUAGAAGAGAAGCAGUUGAACAAAAUGAAAAUAAAAUUGACUAUGCCUGUGCUGAAGCUUUAGCUUUCGGCUCACUUCUAUACGAAGGAUAUGGUGUUAGAAUCAGUGGUUAGGAUGUUGAAAGAGGUACCUUCUCUCACAGACACUCUAAAAUCAACGAUUAAAAGGUAGAUAGAGAAAAAUACUGCCCACUUUCUUAAUUACUUUCACCUUAAGAUAUUGCUAAGAGAAGAUUAACUAUUGCAAACUCCCAUCUUUCUGAAUUCGGUGUUCUUGGUUUUGAAUACGGUUACAGUCUUGCUAAUCCUAACAACUUAGUCAUUUGGGAAGCUUAAUUCGGUGAUUUUGCUAACGGUGCCCAAAUUAUGAUUGAUAACUUUAUUGUUUCUGGUGAAAGCAAGUGGAAGUAACAAUCUGGUUUAGUUUUGAACUUACCUCAUGGUAUGGAUGGAUAAGGUCCUGAACAUUCUUCUGCCAGACUUGAACGUUUCUUAUAAUUAUCUGACGAUGAUCCCACAAACUUUAUUCUUAAGAGACAAAACCGUCUUAAGUAACAAUCAGCUGAAAUCAAUCUACAAGUAUGCAUGACAACCACAGCUGCUAACUAUUUCCAUGCUUUACGUAGAUAAAUCCGUCGUCCUUUCAGAAAGCCUUUAGUACUCUUUAACUCUAAGCGUCUUUUAAGAUUUGCUGGUGCUACCAGUAGUUUGAAGGAAUUCUAAUAAGGAACUAGAUUUUUAGACAUUUAUAAAGAAUAAUACCCAUAAGACAUAAAUGAACCUAGCAAAAUUAAGAAGGUUGUUCUCUGCUCUGGUUAAGUUUAUUACGAUAUUCUUGAAAGAAGAUAAGAAUCAAAGUGCAAGAACACUGCUAUCAUUAGACUUGAAUAAUUAUCUCCUUUCCCUUAUGAACAUCUUAAGGUCGUUUUGGAAGAAUACAAAAAUGCUAAGAUUAUUUGGUGUUAAGAAGAACAUGAAAAUCAAGGUGGUUGGAACUUCGUUAGACCAAGAAUUAGAGCAGUACUUGAUAGAUUACAAGAAGAAGGUGAACGUAAGAAUGGUAAAGUAAUUUAUGUUGGUAGAAAGGCUUCUUGUUCCUCUGCUGCUGGUAAAUAUUAAUUUUUUAAAAAAUAAGACUUUCAAAUAAUAAUUAAUUAAUGCUAAUUUAAUUUAAAAAUAAAUAGGUUCUUCAUCUAAGCAUAAGUAAGAAUUAAAUCUUUUCUUAACUCAUUUAUUCAACGAGUUGUGAAAGACAUAAAGAGAAAGAUAGAGUAUGUAAAAAAUAAACAACAAACUGUUUGA